AUGGCUACCAACGGCACCGCCAUCGCUUCGGCCUUUGGCCCCGAGGUCGUGCCCCAAGGCCCCGAAGAUGUCAUGUUUGGCCUGAUUGCCGCAUAUCGCAGAGAUCAAGAUCCAAACAAGGUCGAUCUGGGCAUUGGUGCAUACCGUGACAACAAUGCUAAGCCCUGGGUGUUGCCCGUCGUGAAGCAGGCCGACGAGCUCCUCCGCAAAGACCCCAACCUCAACCACGAGUACCUCCCCAUUGCCGGCCUCCCCGAGUUCACUUCCGCCUCGCAGCAGCUCAUCUGCGGCGCCAACUCCCCCGCCAUCAAAGACAAGCGAGUCCUCUCCGUCCAGACCAUCUCCGGCACCGGUGCCGUGCAUCUCGGCGCCCUCUUCCUCUCCAAGUUCUACAGCCCGGCCAACAAAGAGGCCAAGGUGGUCUACGCCAGCGCGCCGACAUGGGCCAACCACAACCAAAUCUUCACCAACGUCGGCCUCGAGAUGAAGUCCUACCCCUACUUCAACAAAAAGACCUGCGCCCUCGACCUCGACGCCAUGCUCGCCUCCCUCAACUCCGCCCCCUCCGGCAGCAUCAUCCUCCUCCACGCCUGCGCCCAUAACCCCACCGGCGUCGACCCCACCCAAGAGCAAUGGAAGAAGAUUGCCCAGGUCAUCAAAGACAAGCAGCACUUCCCCUUCUUCGACUGCGCAUACCAGGGCUUCGCCUCCGGCUCCCUCGCCAAAGACGGCUGGGCCAUCAACUACUUCAUCGAGCAGGGCUUCGAGCUCCUCAUCGCCCAGUCCUUCGCCAAGAACUUCGGCCUCUACGGCGAGCGCGCCGGCUGCUUCCACUUCGUCACCGGCCCCGCGUCCAGCGCGCAGGACACCAUCGCCCGCGUCGGCAGCCAGCUCGCCAUCCUGCAGCGCUCCGAAAUCUCCAACCCCCCGGCCUACGGCGCGCGCAUCGCCUCGCUCGUCCUCAACGACAAGGCCCUCUUCGCGCAGUGGGAGGAGGAUCUGCGCACCAUGAGCGGCCGCAUCAUCGAGAUGCGCAAGGCGCUGCGCGGCAAGCUCGAGCAGCUCGGCACGCCGGGCGAGUGGAACCACAUCACCGAGCAGAUUGGCAUGUUCAGCUUCACCGGCUUGUCGGAGGAGCAGGUGGGCAAGCUGCGCGACCAGUGGCAUGUCUACAUGACCAAGAAUGGUCGCAUCAGCAUGGCCGGGUUGAACACGAAGAAUGUAGAGUACUUCGCCAAGGCGGUGGACAGUGUGGUCAGGGAGACGAGUUCGUAG